AUGGCAAUUGGAGAGGCCUUUCUCUCUGCGUUUCUUCAAGUUUUAUUUGAUAGAUUGGCUUCCAAUGAAUUUGUAGGCUUACUAUGUGGCAGGAAAUAUGAUGAUAUGCUGGACAAGUUGAAGGUCACUCUGCUGACUGUUACUACUUUGCUUCAUGACGCUGAGGACAAGCAGUUUCACAACCAUGCAGUGCAAAAAUGGCUGCACAUGACCAAAGAUGCUCUAUAUGAUGCAGAGGACAUGCUAGAUGAGCUCGCUAGCGAAGCGUUGGCAUGUAAGAUAGCAGCUGAAUCUCAGGCCACCACAAAUAAGGUAUGGAAUUGGAAACAUAUUUCCACCUCUCUCAGCCCAUCUGGUAGAGGGAUAGAACAUAAAUUGGUAAAAACAAUUGAGAGGCUAGAAUUGAUUGCCAGAUAUAAAAAUGUCUUGGGUUUGAAAGAGAAUGUUGGAGGCAGGUUGUUUGGCUUUAGAAAUAGAUUACCAACAACUUCUUUGGUAGAUGAAUCGUGUGUUUAUGGCAGGAGCUGUGAUAAAGAGGAGAUAAUUCGAGUUCUGUUAUGUGAUGAACCAACUAGUAGUAAAGUUGGUGUAGUUCCUAUAGUUGGGAUGAGUGGUAUUGGUAAGACAACUCUUGCUCAACUAGUUUACAACGAUGAUAGAGUGGACGAGCAUUUUGAUUUGAGAAUUUGGAUGUUUGUAUCUGAUCAUUUUGAUGCAGUGAGGGUGACAAAAACAAUUCUAGAGUCAGUGACUACAGGAAAAGUAGAUCUUGAUGACUUGAAUCUACUUCAAGUUUGUUUGAAAGAAAAAUUGGCUGGAAAGAGAUUCUUGCUUGUUUUGGAUGAUGUUUGGAACAAGAGAAAUAAUGAUUGGGAUCUCUUGUGGAUUCCAUUGAAAUCAGGAAAAAGUGGAAGCAAGAUAAUAGUAACAACACAGAAUAAUGAUGUUGCAUCAAGCAUGGGUACGGUUCGAGCUCACAAUUUAAGAGGUUUGUCAUUUGAAGAUUGUUGGUUAUUGUUCAGGAGUCAAGCAUUUGAGAAUAGAAUCAUAGAUGUUAAUUUUGAGGCUAUCGGUAAGGAGAUUGUCAAAAGGUGUGAUGGCUUGCCCUUGGCAGUGAAAAGAUUUGGAAUCCUAUUGCAUACUAGAAUGGAAGAAGAUGAAUGGAAAGACAUAUUGAGUAGGAAAAUAUGGGAUCUACCAGAUGAUGAAAGUAACAUCCUUCAAACUUUAAGAUUAAGCUACAACCACCUUCCUGCACAUCUGAAGCCGUGUUUCGCAUAUUGUUCCCUGUUCCCAAUGGAAUUUGAAUUUGACAGGGAUUCAGUUGUUUUGUUAUGGAUGGCAGAAGGUUUUCUUGAGCAACCUAAAGGAAAUAAAAAAUUGGAAGCUGUUGGCUGUGAGUAUUUUCAGGAGCUGGUAUCCAGAUCAUUCUUUCAACAAUCAAUUCAUGAUACAUCACGAUUUAUAAUGCACAACCUCAUGAAAGAGCUAGCUCAAUUUGUUUAUGGAGAAUUUUGUUUCAGGUUGGAGGAUAAGAUGAAGGACAGUGAAGCAUUUGAGAAGGCUCGUCAUUCUUCAUAUAUUCGUCAUCAGCGUGAGGUAACUACAAGGUUUGAGUCCUUCAGCAGACUUGAGUACUUACGCACCUUCCUUUCAUUUGAUCCAACUGAUGGAAUUGGAGUCAGCUAUUUGGCUAAUAAAGUUCCUUGUGAUCUGCUGCCAAGGUUACGAUAUCUACGAGUGUUGUCUUUCAAUGCCUGUCGUAUUACUGAAUUGCCAGAUACAAUAGGAGAUUUAAAACAUCUACGUUAUCUGGACCUUUCUCGCACUGCAAUUGAAAGGUUGCCUGAUUCAAUAAGUUUGCUUUGCAAUUUACAAACUUUGUUAUUAGUGGAAUGCCGCUCUCUCACUAAGUUGCCAGAAGAGAUGGGGAACCUAACAAGCCUACGUCAUCUUCAUAUUACUGGAAGCAGAUUAAAAGAGAUGCCACCGCGAAUGUGUAGACUGAAGAAUCUACAGACCUUGUCUGAGUUUAUGGUGUGCAGAGACAGUGGAUGGGGAAUUAGAGACUUGAGGGACAUGCUGCAACUUAAGGGAUCACUUCUCAUUUCUGGACUACAGAAUGUUGUAAAUUUUGUAGCUGCAAUGGAGGCUAAUAUGAAGGGAAAGGAGGAACUUGAUCACUUGGUAUUCCAAUGGAGUGACAGUUUCAAGGAAACUCCUAACAUGCCACAACUGCAUAACAACCCAGAAGAUCUCAGCAUCAGAGGUCAAAGUGUUGCAAGAUUUCCAAGUUUUAAGGAAACCAUGGAUGCUUAUAAUCAAGAAGCCAUUGAGUUAAGAUUGAGAGAGAGGAAUUUGGAUGAUUCAAGAAAUGAAAGAGUUGAAAUGGUUGUCCUUGAGAUGCUUCAACCUCAUAAAAAUAUAAAAGGAGUUACAAUCAAAGACUACGGAGGCACAAGAUUUCCUGGUUGGAUUGAGUCUCCAUUGUUCUCUAAUAUCGUAGUUUUAAAGCUUAGUGAUUGUAAGAAGUGUAUGCAACUACCGGCACUUGGACAACUACCUUCACUAAAAGACCUCAUUGUUGAAGGAAUGGAGGGGAUAAAAAGUAUAGGUCCUGAGUUCUAUGGCGACUGUAAUUCUCCUAUCCUUCCAUUUCCGUCAUUGGAGACUCUAAAGUUUGACAACAUGAUAAACUGGGAGGAUUGGUCAUCCUCUGGGGUUGAAGGCAGGGAAGACUUCUGUCACCUGCAGAAGAUUGAAAUUCUAAACUGUCCAAAGCUAAGAAAGUUCUCACAACACUUUUCUGCCUUGAGGGAAAUGAAAAUUAAGUGCUGUGAAGAAUUGAUUGCUCUUCCAAACCUUUCAAGAGCUUACGACAGCUUAGAACAAGGCACAGAAUUCCCUUACCUCCGCGAACUUUCUAUAUGGACAUGUCCCAACUUGAAGGAGUUACCUAGCCUCUUUCCUUCUCUGCAAGUACUCGAGAUAAAUGAAUGUCAAGAAUUAGCAGAACUGCCCAAGCUCCCUUCAAUCCGGGAGUUGGAAUUUGAAAAGUGCAACAGGGGGGUACUACAAAAUAUAGUUGGACUUACCUCAGUUACCUACUUGCAUUUGAAUCAAAUUCCACAGAUACCAUGUCUACCUGAAGGGUUUCUGCAACACUUGACGGCUCUUGAAGAGUUGCAGAUUGCACAUUUCAGCGAGAUUACCACUUUGUCUAAUGAGAUUGGAUUUCCCAACAUAUUGCACCUCAAACGCUUGGAAAUUUUAGGAUGUCCAUUCUUACAUGAGCUGCCACAAUGCUUGCACAAACUGUCGUCUCUCAAGGAGUUUAAAGUCUCGAGAUGUUCCUCGCUUGUGUCUUUUCCUGGAACAGGCUUGCCAUCCAUGCUUAGAGGCCUUGAGAUCAAGGGUUGUGAGGCAUUACAAUUCUUACCUGAGUGGAAGAUGCAAAACAGUAACAAGUUGUUGUUUCCACUCGAGUAUCUGGUAAUUGAAGAUUGUUCUUCUCUGAAGUCUUUCCCAAGAGGAGAGCUUCCUAGUACACUUAAACAACUUGAAAUUCGAAACUGCAUAAAUUUGGAGUGCCUUCCCAAGGAUAUGAUUCACAACAACACUUGUCUUGAAAUUCUAAAGAUUUCCGGGUGUCAUUCUGUUACCUCCUUUCCGAAAGGUACUUUUGGUCUCCCUGCAGUAACAUCUGCAAUGGUCAUGAACCUUAAACAGCUCAUCAUCAACAACUGCGACAACUUCCGGUUGUUACCUGAGGGCCUACACAACCUCAUGCAUCUCCAUCACUUGGAAAUUACUGAGUGUCCACUUCUCCAGUCUAUCGCGGAAUUUGGCCUGCCAAACUCCAUGCUGCAAUCAAUUAAAAUUUCUGGUUGUGGAAGCCUCAAGUCCCUACCAAAUCGUAUGCACAGCCUCACAUCCCUUCAAGAACUAUGCAUAGAGAGUUGCUCUAAUCUUGUGUCAUUUCCAGAGGGUGGAUUACCAACCAAUCUUUUGUCGCUGUCGAUCUUGGACUGUGAGAAUUUCAAGCCUUCAUUUGAGUGGGGGCUGCACAGACUCACUUGUCUCAACAGCCUUGCCUUUGGUGGUUGUCAAGGGCUGGUGUCCUUUCCAGAGGAUUGGUUGUUGCCCACCAGUUUAUCAUCCCUUCAACUUCAGCGACUGCCAAAUCUUGAAUUCCUUCCCAAAAGACUCAAUCUCACCUCUCUUGAUAAUCUGGAGAUGUCAGAAUGUGACAAACUUCAAACUCUGUCUGAAGAGGAGCAACCCAAGAUGCUUCAAAAUUUUGAAUUUUUGGGAUUCUGAAGAGGAGCAACCCAAGAUGCUUCAAAAUUUUGAAUUUUUGGGAUGUCCUCUGACUAGCGGUUUUGUGUAAAAUUGG